UCCGGAUGUCGCCAGCAGCUGCCCGUACGAGGCGCGGAGCCUCAUUCGGCCGUGCAUGACACCGGGUGCUGCCCGCCUUCGCCCGGGACAACAAUGGGAGGGACACAGCAACCCGUGUCUUCGCCAGGCCCUCGCUGUCAGAAGCUUGUGCACCUUUCGGGCUAGCUUUGCGACUGUACUACUGUUCCUUCACGGAUCUUUGUGGGCAUGGUUCUUCGUCGUAGGGGUAUAUAAGCAGGGGAAGGGAGGUGUUCUGCUCAGCAGCAGAAACCACUUCUCCCGGCAUGCACUUCCCCACACUCACCCUCCUCGCUUCGGUGCUUGGGCUUGUAGCUCGUGCUGCGCCUGUUAACGAGACCAGCGUCAAAGCUGACGCCGUUGGCAACCGACUGGUCUUCGCACACUUCAUGAUUGGCAUCGCCGCGGACCGAACGAGCGCCAGCGACUACGACGAUGACAUGCGGCGCGCGAAGGCUGCCGGCAUCGACGCCUUCGCAUUGAACAUCGGCAUGGACCCAUACACGGACGGCCAGCUCGAGUGGGCGUACCAGUCCGCUCAGAACAACGGCAUGAAGGUCUUCAUCUCCUUCGACUUCAACUGGUACGCGGUCCCGGACCCCGGCGCGGUCGGAAGGAAGAUCGCCCAGUAUGCAGGCCGACAGGCGCAGCUGCAGGUCGACGGGAAGGUAUUCGCGUCUUCGUUCGCUGGUGACGGCCUCAACGUCUCUGCUGUGCGCCAAGCGGCGGGCGUGCCUGUCUUCUGGGCACCCAACUUUCACCCGGGAGGCGGCGACUUCUCGCAAAUCGACGGCGCGCUCAACUGGAUGGCUUGGCAGAACAACGGCGCGAACAAGGCGCCCAGCAACGGCAACCUCGUCACGGUCAGCCAGGGCGACCAGGCGUACCUCAGCGCUUUGAACGGCAAGGCUUACAUCGCUCCUGUGUCCCCCUGGUUCUCGACGCACUUCGGUCCGGAGGUUCCAUACAGCAAGAACUGGGUGUUCCCUGGUGACAUGCUCUUCUACAGGCGUUGGCUCGAGAUUCUGCAAAUGAAGCCGCGCUUCGUGGAGAUUGUCACAUGGAACGACUAUGGCGAAUCUCACUACGUUGGUCCCUUGUCCUCCAAGCAUAACGACGACGGCGCCUCGAAAUGGGUGAAUGACAUGCCUCAUAGCGGCUGGCUGGAUAUGGCCAAACCCUUUAUCGCUGCCUUUAAGGCUGGCGCGAGCACCCCCACCAACUACAUUUCCGCCGACCAGCUUGUGUACUGGUAUCGUGUCACGCCCAAGGCGCUCAAUUGCGAUGCGCAAGAUACGACUAUGACCGGCGCGAACAACGACAGCGGUAACUACUUCAUGGGUCGCCCUAAUGGCUUCGACUCCAUGCUCGACAACGUCUUCGUCGUCCCUCUCCUCAAGACGCCCGGCACAGUCACCAUCAACUCGGGCGGCACCGCAUACACGUUUGACGCGCCGGCCGGUGCGUCCGCGUACUCUGUGCCCUUCCAUGUCGGCGCGCAGGCCUUCUCGCUAUCGCGCGGCGGGAGGCAGGUGCUGUCGGGGACGAGCCUGCGCCCGGUGCAGAAUACCUGCCCGUGUGGGCUGUACAACUUCAACGCGUAUGUGGGUACAGUCCCUGCGGGCCCGGCCGACGCUUUGGGCCCGGAUGGGCUGAACCACUUUGCGACGGGGCUGAAGGCGGCGUGUGCGGCGCAGCCGUCGCUGCCGGCGAGCCCGCCUGCGGUGACCCCGCCAACGACGACGAUUAGGGUGGGUCCGAUCUCGACGGGUCUGCCGGUUUGAAGGGUGAUUGUUGGGAUCCGGUUUGGAAAGGGAUAAGCAGAGACGCGGGUUGCAAUGUAACAUAUAUUCUAUGCGUAUCUAAGGAUUGUUCAUCGAUCUCAUGACCAAGUCGACCUGCGCUAGCGAUCAAAUUGACUGAGU